AUGGAAACUUUUGCAGGUUGUUAUAUAUUAAGAAGUCAAAACCCUCAAUACAAAACGCACUGCUAUAUAGGCUUCACUGUAAAUCCUCCUCGACGUAUUAAACAGCAUAAUGGAGCUAGAGUUGGUGGAGCAUUUAAAACUCAUACGAUGAGACCAUGGGAAAUGACAUUGGUUGUAUGGGGUUUUCCAACAAAAAAGCUUGCUCUUAAGUUUGAAUGGACUUGGCAGCAUCCAACUGAAGCAAAAUCAUUGAAACAUAUUAAUUUCGAGGAAUUUUAUCAAAGAGAAGGCGGACCUCGUAAAUACAAUACGAAUUUAAAGAUUUUAAAGGAAAUGUUGCUUUCCCAGCAAUGGAAUAGAUUAUCCUUAAGAAUUUGCGUCCAAUGUAAAGACGUUUACGAAAUGUUGUUACAGCCACCAGUCCUCCCACAACAUAUUAAAAUAGAAUUGGGAAGUAUUAAUGAUUUACCGAUUGAUUCUCAUGGAUUUCCAUCACCUGGUGAAUAUGGAAAUACUCCAUGUCCUUUAUGCAAUGAAUCAGAACCUCCUUAUAAUAUGAAUUGGGUUGUUUGUCCAUUUUGUGGUACAUUAAUGCACCUAAAAUGCAUGGCGCUGAGACUUAUCUCACAAAGCCCAUCUGCAGGCACAGCUCUAAUACCUACACAUGGUUCUUGUCCUUCUUGCAAAGAAAAUAUAAUUUGGAGAGAUCUUGUUGAAUUAAGGAAUCAAAUUCAAGACGAAGAAGAAUAA